GCAGCACACACAAACCUUCCUAUAGAUGUCACUUCAUUAACGACAGAACAAAUCAGGAUGGUCAUCAAAUAAAUCAAGAGAGGGAAAUCAGCAGGACCCGACAAUAUGCCAGCUGAAGCACUAAAGUCGGACAGAGAAUCAACUGCAAACAUGCACCACGUUCUAUUCAGAAAGAUCUGUGAGGAAGAACAAGUCUCGAAAGACUGCGAAGAAGGAUACCUCAUCAAGAUACCAAAGAAAGAUCUGGGCAAAUGUGAGAACUACGUAGACAGCACACUACUAUCAAUACCAGGAAAAGUUUUCAACAGUGUUGCUGACCCAGAAAGAUUCGGUAGACGCUCAGAUUCGAAAUCAACAAGCUGGAUUCCAUAUGCAUCGGUUGUGCACAGACCAAAUCGCGACACUAUGGAUCAUCAUCGAACAACCAAUUGAGUGGAACUCGUCACCAUAUACCAACUUUUGUGACCAUAAGUAAGUAAUUGACAGCGUGGAUAGGUGAACGUUAUGGAAACUUCUUCGACACUACAGAGUUCCUAAGAAUAUCGUCAACAUCAUACGGAACUCAUACAACGGAAUACAGUGCAAAGUUGUGCAUGGAGGACAGCUGACAGACGCAUU